GGGCGCACGCGCGGCGGCUGUUGGGCGGUGCCGGGGAGAGGGAGCGAUGGCGCUGCUGGUGAGGGACCCGUUGGCGUCGCGGGCGCGGCCCUUCCCGCUGCCCCCCGGCGGCGGUUCGGUGCGCGGCCUCCUCCGCCAUCGCGCUCGGGAGCUGAAUAUUCCUGAAGAAAGCUUGUACGUGAAGUGUAAUGGGCGGCUAGUUAAUGAUGAAGAUGUACUGCAGAAUGGAGCCGUUUAUAGUCUGGAACCAAGACUUUGUGGUGGAAAAGGAGGGUUUGGGUCUAUGCUGCGAGCACUUGGUGCUCAGAUUGAAAAGACAACAAAUAGAGAGGCUUGCCGAGAUCUCAGUGGAAGGAGACUUCGAGACGUCAAUCACGAAAAAGCCAUGGCUGAAUGGGUGAAGCAGCAAGCAGAACGGGAAGCAGAAAAAGAGCAAAGGCGCUUGGAAAGGCUGCAGCGGAAACUUGCGGAGCCAAAGCACUUUUUCACAAAUCCAGACUACCAGCAGCAGUGUCAUGAAAUGGCUGAGCGACUAGAAGAUUCAGUCCUUAAAGGACUGCAGGCUACUUCAAGCAAAAUGGUGUCAGCAGAAAAUGGCGAGAGUCGGAAGCGUCCAGGUGAACCUGGAAACUACGGAACAAAAUCUCGAAAAAGAAAAUGUUUUUGGUUGGGAUUGGAAGGAUUGGAUGAUCGUGACAGUUCGGAUUGUGAGGACGACAGUGGAGAUGACUCCCCUCACGCAUCUGACGGAAGCUGUCCAUCAGGCAGCAGAUAUAAUGAAAAUGCUGGAAACUCAAAUGAAUGUUCAAGCAGCUCUGUGGAUUCGGUAGAGGAUAGUCCAACUACCAGUGCAACUGAGAAGCCAAUGGAGCAGCCAGAAGGUACAGGAACAGAUGUGCAAGGAGAGACACACGCAGGUGGGCAGCCUGAAAUUCCAGCUGAUGAAAACAGUAAAAUGACAGUGCCCUUGAAGGAAGAGGUCCAAGAAAAGAAUGAGGUAACCCAAGCUCUGAAAGAAGAGGAGCAAGAAAAUGUUUCUUCUAAGGCACAGGAAACAAACGAGUUACAGAGCACAGAGGUGGAACCAAUAGAUCUACUGGCAUUCAAUUCUGCUGCUGAUUUGGAAGCCCUGGGUUUAGAUAAACUGAAGAUGGAGCUGAUGUCUUUAGGACUGAAAUGUGGAGGCACUUUAAAGGAAAGAGCAACAAGGCUUUUUUCAGUGAGAGGUCUGUCUAGAGACCAGAUUGAUCCUGCUUUAUUUGCAAAGCCCUCUAAAGGGAAAAAAAAGUAAUUAAAAUAUUUUGUACCUA